CGGGACUCUCUCGUCGUCGUCAAGUUCGGCGCGAGCUGGUGCACGCACUGCGCGGAGAUGCUCCCGGAGUUUGGCGCCGCGUCGAGGGCGUACCCGGAGUCGCACUUCGUCCUCGCGGACGUGGACACGCUCCCGGACAGCGCCAAGGACGUGAGGUUCACGCCGACGUUUACCUUCUACAGGAAAGGGAAAAAGAUCGACGAGAUCACGAAGACGACGCCGCGGGGGUUG